UGUUUGUCUAACAGCUGCUCUGCGGUAUUCUCGUUGCAAAGGUUGAAGAUGUUUUUGUUCCGUUUAUCCAUCCUCUCAGCACUAGUGAUGGUGCACGUGACUGCUAGAGGCCUUGACGAUGAUUGUUUGACAUGCAUAUGUGGGGCCGUCAGUGGUUGCCAGGGCAACACCUGCCGAGAAGACGAGCGCGGCAUUCGUGUUUGUGGGCAAUAUGAAAUCACGUACCCGUACUGGAUCGACUGUGGCAGGCUAGGAGCCAGUUGGGAGGAAUGUGCUAAUGACGCGUGCUGUGCCAAGGUGUGCGUCAUGCAGUACUUGAAAAGGUACGGCAAAUUCUGCACAAAAGGCCGCAAGCCCACGUGUGAGGACUACGCGAAAAUACACAAAGGUGGACUGUUUGGAUGCAGAGACACCACCACGCCAAACGCAUUCUGGAGUUCGGUGCAGACCUGCCUCCCUGACGCAUAGUGGAGACUUGCCUUCCUGACGACUAGAUAUUAAAAAGAAAACCAUUUUCACUUAAUAACAACUUCAUUAACAGUUCUUCAUAAAUGAAAAAUUCAGCGACUGUCAAAUGCAUUAAGACCAACUUUACUGUCUCGAAAUCGAGCAUAUCUAUUCUUUUUCAAUUUAGCGCAACCUUUUUUUUUUCAAUAACAGGAAUACUAAUCUAGUUCGAAUGUGUUGCCCGUUUCAAAACAUUAACUUUGUGUGUAAUGAAAGCAAAUAAAAACUUAUUAGUG